AACAUGUGAGGCUAUUACAUAAAUAUAGUAGUGACAACUCAGAGAGAGAGAGAAAGAGAGAGAAAGAGAGAAGCUUCUUCAAUCAUUCAUUGAUUAUUCAUUCAUCAAUAACCAUGACACUGCAAAACAACACCCCAACAAGAACAAAGAAGCAACUCAUCAUUGAUGAUGAUGAUGCUAAUGAACAUUCUCCAUUGCUACCAACAAAGAGAGAUCAUGAUUAUGAUGAUGGUAAUGGUGAUGGUGCAUCCUUUGUUGGGUCAGUGUUCAAUUUAUCAACAACAAUCAUUGGUGCUGGAAUCAUGGCCUUACCAGCAGCAAUCAAAGUGCUUGGUCUUCUCCCUGGCAUUUCAUCAAUCAUCUUCCUUGCAUUCCUCACUGACACCUCUCUUGACAUACUCCUAAGGUUCAGCAGAGUUGCAAAAGCUUCAUCCUAUGCUCAUGUCAUGGGUUCUGCUUUUGGAAGACUUGGAACAAUGGUGCUUCAGAUAUCUGUUUUCAUCAAUAAUCUUGGGAUACUUGUUGUCUAUAUGAUUAUAAUUGGUGAUGUGCUUUCUGGAACAUCGUCCAGUGGAAUUCACCAUUUUGGUGUGCUUGAAGGAUGGUUUGGUGAAUGCUGGUGGACUGGCCGUUAUUUCAUUCUUCUUAUUACAACCCUUUUCAUAUUUGCUCCACUGGCAUUUGUUAAGAGAAUAGAUUCAUUGAGGUAUUCUUCUGCUUUAGCGGUGGCUCUGGCGAUCGUGUUUCUAGUCAUAACUGCAGGAAUCACACUGUUUAAAUUGUUUAAUGGCAGUAUUGCUAGUCCGCGGUUACUUCCAAACGUUACUGAUAGUGCAUCUCUAUGGAAUCUCUUCACAGCAGUUCCAGUUCUUGUGACAGCAUUUGUGUGCCAUUACAAUGUUCAUACAAUAGACAAAGAGCUAGGAGACUCCUCGUUGAUACAACCGGUUGUGCGCGCAUCACUCUCUCUGUGUUCCAGCAUCUAUAUUCUUACAGCCUUAUUCGGAUUCCUCCUAUUUGGUGAAUCAACUCUGGAUGAUGUGCUAGCCAACUUUGAUACUGAUCUUGGCAUCCCUUACAGUAGUCUCCUUAACGACGUUGUUCGCAUUAGCUAUGCUCUCCACCUCAUGCUUGUUUUCCCGGUGAUCUUCUUCUCGUUGCGCUUCAAUUUUGACGAUCUCAUCUUUCCUUCAGCUAGGCCACUGAAUUCAGAUCAGUGUAGAUUUGUCUCGAUCACCAGCGGACUUGUUGCUUUAGUGUACAUAGCUGCAAACUUUAUACCAAGCAUAUGGGAUGCUUUUCAAUUCACUGGAGCCACUGCCACUGUUUGCCUUGGGUUUAUUUUCCCAGCUGCGAUCGCUCUAAGGGAUUCCCAUGGCAUUGCAUCAAAGAAGGACAAGAUUUUAUCUGUUAUAAUGAUCGCUCUUGCCGUAUUCUCGAACAUCAUAGCGAUAUACAGUAACGCCAAUUCCAUGUUCAGGAAGGAAGUUGAUGAUCUUCAUUGACUUAUUAAAGUGCCUAUAAGUAACCAUUGAUAGAUAAAAGUUCCAUACUCUCAUUCCAAGCAAUUUAAGCAAAACAAACACUUUAAUGGAACCAGAGAAUGAACUUGUUUUUGGAUUGAGUUUGAGAAAGUGAAGUACAAGACUCACUGCAAAGAGUUUUGGAAGAGGAACUGAAAGUAAAAGUGAAAAACUAUGUGAACAUUUAAAUAUAUUUUACAUGUAAUGUUCAUAAUUUUCAGAGAA